UCCCACAUGAAUGACGUGUUUUCGGCUUCUACGUGUCACGAGUGUUUCCCCUCUCUUCUGAUUGGUCGCUCGCGCUGCUGGUCACCAAACCAAGAUGGCGACCACCCUGGUAGAGCAUGUUGUCGCAGAUGCAGGAGCGUUUUUAAAGAAAGCUCCUCUCCAGGAAAUCGGCAGGAAUAUCUACACCCUGAAAGAUGUGGUGGAAGAGAUCCGAGACAAACCCACCAGGAGGAGCCUGGCCUUCCUGCCGUACCAGCUCCACUUUAAGGAACCUCAUCCAGAGCACAUCAGACACGUGACAGAGUUCUCCAAGAAGACCGGGGACUAUCCGAGUCUCUCAGCCACCGACAUCAAAGUCCUGGCUCUGACCUACCAGCUGGAGCUGGAGAACGUCGGCUCGCAGCACCUGAGGAAGGAGCCAGAGGUUAAGGUGAACAUUCAGAGCACACAGCGCCACCCCGAGACUCCGAUGAACGUCGCCGGGUUCCACUUUCCUUCCAAGAAACCUGCGGACAGCACGAAUGUCCAACAGACGGAGACGGAAAAGAAGACGCAGAACGAGACCGACGGCGACGAGUUCAACAGCUUCCAGUUCUGGAGGGAGCCGCUGCCGGCCAUCGAUGACAAGCUGCUGGGUUUACUGGGUCCAGCGGAGGGUUUAAAAUCGACAAAACAAGCGGACACACGGACGACUUCGGACGGAGACCAGUUCAGCAGCUUUCUGUUCUGGAGGGAUCCGCUCCUGACCUUCAGCGAUGAGCUGCUGGGUUUACUGAAAGAGGGCAACGAAUCACCACAGACAGAGAAGAGGGCGGAGCAAAGGAUGUCGGGGGGCCAAUCGGACGAUGAGGACAAAGAGAACGAGCCUGAUGACGAAGAUGACGAGGAGAACGAUGAUGACGAUGGAGGAGGAUGGAUCACUCCCGGUAACAUCAAACAAGUGAAGAUGGACUCUGCUGAUUGGACGGCUCCAGCUGACAUCAAAGUCGGCUGUCUCACCACCGACUUCGCCAUGCAGAACGUUCUCAUUCAGAUCGGACUUCACGUUCUCUCUGUGAACGGGAUGCUGAUCAAACAGGCGAGGAACUACAUCCUGAGAUGUCACGCCUGCUUCAAGACGACGAGCGACAUGAACAAAGCUUUCUGUCCUCACUGCGGGAACAGAACCCUGAAGAAGCUGGCUGUGACGGUGAACGAGGACGGCAGCAUGCAGAUGCAUUUCUCCAAAAACCCCAAAGUGCUGAAUCCCAGAGGGCUCCGGCACACGCUGCCUCUGCCUCAGGGGGGCAAACACUCCACCAACCCCCACCUGGUGGAGGACCAGCGCUUCCCCCAGCAGAGGCUCUCCCAGAAGGCUCGCCAGAAGACCGACGUCUUCAACCCGGACUACGUGGCCGGAGCGUCGCCGUUCUGUGAGAACGACAUCUACAGCCGAGCCGCCAACCUGCAGAUCAGAGACAGCCAGUGUGGCGGCGGCAGGAGGCGGACCAACCCCAACGCCACCCGCAGGAAGUUCAUCAAGAAGAAGUAAAGAUGGCGAGCAUGCAUCGUAUUUAAAUUAAAUUAAAGGACCAUCAUUUCCCAAAUCGUCCAUCAGCUCGCGUGCGACAGAUUAACUCACCAGGUCUUCUGGUGCGUUCAUGGACAGUCAGACAUCCAAGACAUAAGGAUUAACUACAGCUCUAAACACGGUGUUCACAGCAGAAGAGACGAGCGUGACAGCCAGAGGAAGCUGAUGACACUCAGCGACACACGGGCAAAUUAACUGCUGGCAGCACGAGUGAAUCUAAGAAUACCAGCUCCAGAUUAUUACAGAUUACAUAUCAUCCCUUAUGGAACGAGCCAGAAUAAUAAAUACAUUAAAAGUGUGUGAAAUUUCACAUCAGUGUCUG